AUGGCAGGCCCCAGCGACAAGGCGCGUUUCUACUUGGAGCAGAGCGCGACGGAGCUGAACGAGCUCGAGCGCAAGAAGAUCUUCACCAGAGAAGAGAUCAAGUCGAUAGCCAAGAAGCGCUCAGACUUCGAGCACAUAAUCAAUGCCAGAGGCUCCCACCCCAGCGACUACAUGCGAUACAUCGAAUUCGAGAAGAACAUCGACGCACUCCGCCAAAAACGAGUGAAGCGACUCGGCAUACGGCACAAGGGUGCUGGGCAGCGCAGCAUCUACUUUCUCUACAACCGCGCGACCAAGAAGUUCUCUGGAGACCUGACGUUGUGGCUGCACUAUAUCGACUUUGCGCGCAAGGACAAGGCCUACAGGCGUCUGAACGACAUCUUCACCUCAGUCGUCCGUCUACACCCCACCAAGCCUGAGCUAUGGACGCUUGCCGCAAAUUACUUCAUGGACUCCCAGGCGGAUAUUACGAACGCAAGAAGCUAUAUGCAGCGUGGACUGAGAUUUUGCAAGAACUCGGAGGACAUGUGGUUGGACUAUGCCAAGUUGGAGACCAUCUACGUGGGCAAGAUUGCAGGACGAAGGAAGAUCUUGGGUCUGGAUAUCGAUCGCACCAAGAAGCAGCAAAGCGGUGACGAGGACACCGACAUGAUUGCGCUGCCUGAUGUAACGGCAGAAGACAUCAACCCAAGCCUGAAGCAAGACGAUGGCGUGGACGAGGUGGCUCUGCAGAAUCUGGCUUCAGCGCCGGUUCUCACAGGAGCGAUUCCUCUGGCCAUCUUCGACUCAGCUAUGAAGCAGUUCCCGAACAGACCCAAGGUCGUGGAGAAGUUCUUCAACAUGUUCGCCGAGUUCGACCAACUGGCAUGCAUCCCGCGCAUCCUGCAGCAUGUGCUGGAUUAUCUGCAGCAAACCCGCCCUAGGGCUGUCGAGAACGCCAUUUGCAGCUUCCGUAUGCAGCUCUUUGGCCAACGUCCUGGCAGCCCAGAGUUCCCUGUCGUGCUUGGAGACGCGUUCGAUGUUAUCAGCUCGGCUAUCGACGCUUACCCAAGUGAAGCUACUCGGUUGGCAGAGGUCGCUGUUCGCCAACUUUUAACCAUCCAAGGGUCGUCUGCGGACAUGGACUCGGCUCUGCAGAAAGCAAUUAGGUCGACACUUCGCAAGUAUAUGAAGGCGCUGGGAGGCACAGACGGUGGCAAAGUCGCCAGUCUGACCAGGUCGUUGGUGCAGGAAGGAAAGAGAGACGAUGCAAGAGCGUUGGUUCCGUUGAGUAUCAAAACAUGGUCCGCCAAUGAAGAGCUGCAGGAGCUGAAAGCCGCUCUCGAAACAUGA